AAAACAAAGCAAAAUUAUUCAUUAUGGCUACUCGUCCAAACGGUGGUAAUUACGACAUUCACUUCCACGAAGGAAUAGAUGAAGUUCUCCCAGAUGGCACUCUUGUCGUCAACAAAGUCAACAGAGACGCUUCCAACCAUCCCGAAUUUCUUCCCACCUGGAACCCCAGCCAAAAGCUUCCUCCAUUGAAGUUCUUCAAGCACCAAGAACCAGGUACCAGGGCUGACCCAUCGUUCCCAAAUUUGUUUCCAAAAGACGUUAAAGUCGUCAACAAAAAAGUUACUCCUAAGCUUGGAACAGAAAUCACCGGAGUUCAGUUGUCUGAGUUGAACGACAAAGGAAAAGAUGAGUUGGCGUUGUUUGUGGCUCAACGUGGUAUUGUGGUGUUCAGAGAACAGGAUUUCGCGACAAAAGGACCUGAAUUUGCUGUCAAGUACGGUAGUUAUUUUGGAAGAUUGCACAUCCACCCAACCUCGGGGGCUCCUAAGGAACACCCGGAAUUGCACAUCACCUACCGUCGUGCAGACCCUGGUGAAUUCGAAAGAGCCUUUUCUCAAAACACCAAUGCGGUCGGAUGGCACACAGAUGUCUCAUACGAAUUGCAACCACCUGGAACCACUUUUUUCUCGGUUUUAGAAGGCCCAGAAGCUGGUGGUGAUACCAUUUUCGCCGACGUGGUGGAAGCUUAUAAGAGAUUAUCUCCUGAAUUCCAGAAGAGAUUAGAAGGUCUCCAUGUGUUGCACACUUCUGAAGACCAAGCUUCCAGCUCCAGAGGUAAUGGAGGUAUUGAAAGAAGAAAACCAAUUUCAAGUAUUCAUCCUUUGAUCAGAGUUCAUCCUGCCACCAAGGAAAAGGCUAUUUACUUAAACAGAGCCUUUUCCAGAAGAAUUGUCGAAUUGAAGGUCGAGGAAUCGGCUUUCUUGAUGGAAUUCUUAUACAAGCACAUCGAGCAAUCUCAUGACUUGCAAAUGAGAGCAACAUGGCAACCAAACACUGUGGUUGUAUGGGACAACAGGGUUGUCCAGCACUCUGCUAUCAUUGACUGGGAUACCCCUGUUUCUAGACACGCUUUCAGAAUUACUCCUCAGGCCGAAAGACCAGUUGCAGACUUGAAGGACUUGAACAAGGAAGAAUAUGACGUUGGUGAUGUUGCUGAGGCAUUGAAGAAUGUGUUGAAGAACAAUUAAUUUUGUAAAUGGUUUAAAAAGUUUUAAUGUACAGUUUCCGGUU